AUGACUCCACAAGACUCUUGUCUGAAGAAGCUACUUUUUCUCUAUGUUUUCUCACUCCUUUUCAUCACUCCACCCCUCAUUUCUGCCAAUCAUCACCAAAAUCAGCCAAAGAGAAGUCUACUGGAUUUGGAAGAAAAGGAAGAUCCGCCAAUCCCCAACAAGGUAAAAAAACCUUCCACCAACAACAACGAAACCAAGCUCCUCAAGCCCACAUCCAAUUCAUCCAAGAACCAAACCAAGCCCAUCAAGAUCUCCUCUGAUUCCUCCUCCAAGUCCAACAAGACAAAGCCCAUCAAGACGAGCCCAACGGAAAACCCUGCGCCGGCCACCGCCAAAUCGCAGCUCAAGAAACUCAACACCACCUCCAAAUCGAAUUCAACUUCUCUCCCAACCAAGAAAACCUCAGAUCUAUCCUCACCCAAGAACAAAACCUCCAAGCAAACCACUACCAACAAAGAGACAAAAGCCCAUCUGGAAAUCACUCGACCCAAAUCUGACAAGGCCCAGAAAAAUCAGCCCAAUAAGGCCCAGAAAAAGCAGCCCAGCUGGAUCGAUGACGACGACGAUGACGAUUUGGUCGCCGGAUUUAGGGAUCUCCCAACGAAAUUCCAAGAAUCAAUCGUCCCAGAUUUAGAAAGAAUCUCAAAAACAUCCCAAAUUUACCUCAACAAAUACAACAAAGAGUUCACAAAGGGAUUUAAGCCUUAUUUCGGCACCAAAUAUGCUUCCGCCAUAGCCUCUCUAGUGUCCUUCGCUUUCGUUUUGAUCCCCUUGAUUAUCGUCUCCCUCAUUUUCAGCAAAAUCAAAGCUUAUUUUUCGCUUCAAAAGCUCUUGAUUUUUGUCCAGGCUUAUUUAGCUAUUUAUUUCACCAUCCUCUGCUUGUCCGCCUUGGCCACGGGGCUCGAGCCGCUGAGGUUUUUCUUCGCUACUUCGCGGUCCACCUACGUGGGCGUGCAGGUGCUGCAGACGCUGGCGUAUGUGUUGUACCUGCUGAUUCUGUUGAUGUACCUCAUUCUGGUGUUUUCUACCGAAACCGGGCUGGCGACGAAGGCGUUGGGCCUGGGCCAGACGCUCGUGGGCUUCGCGGUUGGGCUUCAUUACUACAUGACGGUGUUUCACAGGGCCGUGCUGCACCAGCCGCCCAAGAGUAGUUGGCGGGUGCACGCGCUCUAUGCCACGUGUUUCCUUGUGAUUUGUCUAUUGGUAUUGGAGCUGCUUUUGAAGCUUUUUAGAUUGUGA